CACUCUAUAUAUAUAGGUGGUUGAGUAUAGCUUUCAUAGUACUGAGCAUAUACAUAUAUAUAUAGAGAGAGAGAGAGAGGGAGAGGGAGAAUGGGGAGGCAACCAUGCUGUGACAAAGUGGGGUUGAAGAAAGGGCCAUGGACUGUUGAAGAAGACAAGAAGCUCAUCAACUUCAUCCUCACUAACGGCCAUUGUUGCUGGAGAGCUGUUCCUAAGCUUGCCGGAUUGUUAAGGUGCGGGAAAAGCUGCAGAUUAAGAUGGACGAAUUAUCUCAGACCGGAUUUGAAGAGAGGACUUUUAUCUGAGUACGAAGAACAAGUGGUCAUCGACCUUCAUGUCCAACUUGGCAACAGAUGGUCAAAGAUUGCAUCUCAAUUACCAGGAAGAACGGAUAAUGAGAUAAAGAACCAUUGGAAUACGCACAUAAAGAAAAAGCUGAGGAAAAUGGGGAUUGAUCCCGUGACCCACAAGCCUCUGUCUGAGGAAGAGGCUUCUCAACCUCCGAAACCCCAACCGGGCAAGAAAAAGCCUCUCAAGAAACCUCAAGAACACAGAAAUGGAGAAACCCAAGAGCAUCAAGAACGCGAAAGCGUGAGAUUAUUGAUCAACCACCCGGAUAAAGAAAGAGAUUUGGAUCAAAUGGGCAUCGGCCAGAAUGCAGGAAUCUGCGUUGACGAGGUUCCAUUGAUGAACCCGGAUGAAAUCUUGGCCAUGCCUCCUGGCUGUAUUAACAGUAACAGCUGCGGAUUAUCUUCUUCUUCGUCGUCUUCAUCGUCCUGCGCUUCAUCUGGCGACGGUACUUCGAAGUUUCCGGAAGAGAUGGAGUUUCUGGAUGAUUUCAAGUGGCUUCUGUCUGACGGUGACAUCGACAAGAACAAGAACGCUGUCGAUACGAUGAACUUCUUGUGGGACAAUGACUUAGGCGACAGCUUGGAUUUUCUUCUGAAUGAUGAUUUUGUUGGGAGUGAGUGUCCAAAAACGGUUUUGGACACGUGGGCUCCUCUCGGUUCUCAUCUUCUUUAAUUUUAUUUUUAUUUAUUUUUUUCUGUUCUUGAAGUGGGGUUUUAACUUGUAAUUUGGUGUUGGUAAUUAGAGGUGUAAAUACAAGGAAUAAAGUGUGCAAUUGUGAACGUCGUUUUCCAUUU